ACCAAAUGGACGUGUGCUUUGCGAAUUGCGCAUGACGCUGAACAACAGUGCAGUGAGUACUAAUCGUAAUCAAGCGAUUGCCACCAAAAUCCGUCGCAAAUCCGUGCAAUAGUUGUGUUAUCAGUUAGUAAAUCUAACUUUUGCAUUGAAAAAGCAGCCGGACCAAAAAAUAAACAAAGUGUUUCGAGUUUUGUUUUGUUAGGUGAAAGGUAAAUUUAGGUAAAAUCUGCUUCUGCUUCUUCACUUCUGCUACCAAACCUGCCCAAUGCGGAAUCGACACGACUCAAAAUUACAUAAAAGAGCACAGAACGUUCCGGGAGUUCAAUUUCAAAGAACCAUCAUCCCCUAGCGGAUCGAAGAAAAUGUGUCACUUUCGGAGUCUAUCCAGCGUGCCUGCCUUCCCGAGUGACACCGGGAGAUGAAAUAUCUCCCAGUAGCGGCGGCAAAUGUCGACACCGGCACACCACUGGCCCUUCCCGCGGUACCCGGUACUAUUUGUCACCAUUACCAAGCUGGGGGCAAUUCAUCGUGCGUCCUUCACCGUGCUCUUUUCAGUUCAUUGGAGCUGCCUUGUAGGAUACAUAUCAAUGUUCUCCUGAGACUGCUACCGACCGACCAACCGACCGACGGCGAUCCAUGCUUCGUUUCGUUUACUGUCGCACUGGCCUUGCCCAACCGUUCUGAAUCCGAUGCAUAGCAAUAGGAGCAGAAGGUUAUGAUCCAGCGCGAGGCAGGUAAAUGUGUUGCUUGUGAAUGCAAAGGAUCUAGAAGCACCGGUAAAGAAGAACCCGUGGGAACGAGCUUAUGGUUUGUUUAGUCAACAAAACAAGGAAAAAGGCUUGCCGCCUCAGUGUCAAUAGUGAAGGUGAAUGCAAAAUAGCUUGCAAAAAUAGAAGAAAAAAAAUUGUUCCAUUUACAUAAGUGUUAGCUCUGUGUUGUGAGAAACUAUGAAAAGUCAUCUGCAGAAGAUUAAUUAGAAAAAUUGUAUGUUUUGACGUCAGAGCAGCGGUUUUGCGAUGUGACGCUUCAGGGCGGAAACAGUGAUGUCUGCCUGACAGAAGAUAUCGGUAAGGUUGUGCUAUCGGAAGUGCCAACUAGCAUGCGAAAAAGAAAACGAAUCAAACUGUCGGAUGGUACCGCUUCUCGAAGCCAUACACCAACGGGAUGAUGGAAGAAAUGGACGUGUGCCGUUCGUCCUAGUGCCAGAAGAAAAUUUUCAAAUCGUGAAAAAGUUCCAAACAAACGCGUGUGACAUUGUUAGCGUGUCUAAUUUUGACAUACUCCGGAAGUCCAAUUUACUAUAAUUUUAUUUUGUUAGUGAAAAAUUAUAGAUCGAAACCCGAAAAAAAACCUCUUUCAACCAACCACCAGAAGCGGUUUGUUGUGCAGCUGCGCCCUAAUACGAUUUAACACUUGAAUGCAUUCUGAUUGCAGUUUUCCGCAAGACUUACAAAGUCGUCUAAGUUGAAAAUUUAAUCUCUGCCAGUGAGUGAGAGUAGCGACGACUACGACGGCGACGACGACCGUAGUUGCUGUACUUCGUUGUUGAUCACAGCCAGCACGCCACGGGAUCCUCGACUUGGAACGACUACCGUGGCCUAGAAUCGGCUCUUCAUUCCGGACAAUUUUUCGCAUUGUGUUUCGGUGCAGUUUCGUUUUUUUUUUUUCGUUCACUGAUGGUCCCCGAGGAUGAAAGCACAACAUGAAAAAGACGUAAAAUAUUUUCUUCGUCCUCGCUUGAGCUCGUGCCGGAAUGCCGGAACAUUCGAGCGGUUUGCAUCGAUGGCAGCGGAAUAGAAGUUUGCCGGCAGCAGAUGCGGCAAAAAAAUUAUCAGUGCACUUACCAGCUGGAAGUUUGAUUUUUACCGCGGCUGCCACUGGAAGCCAAAACGGUUUAUGAUGGUUGGCACAAAGUCGUCCUCCACGGUGGCAAUAUCCGCAUCAAUGUAGUAGUUGUCGCAGCAGUGAAGAAGAGAGUGCAAACAGCAUGUUUCUUGCGGUAAAUUCGGUUUCAGCAGAUAAAAGACUCCUACCAGCGUCUGUAUGAAGUGCUAAUUUUAGAACCUCAAAGGUUGCAACAUAGUCACUUACUACAUUCUAUUCAAUAGUGAGAAAUGAGCUGAAAGUUAGUGUUCACACUUAGAUAGCGACCGUUUGGUUAGAGGAAACUGGUAAUCCUAUUUUACGCCGAGUUACGUUCGGCUAAAAUCAGCUAAAGUAGGUGAAAAUCCUCCGUAGAUUAACAAGUAAUAAAAAAGCAACAACGAAUAAAAACCAAAAACACACACUCACAAUGACGAUGAACAUCAACAUGGAUUCCGAUCAUCGGGUCGUGCUGAACGUCGGUGGUAUUCGGCACGAAACGUACAAGGCAACGCUAAAGAAGAUCCCAGCCACCCGGCUGUCCCGGCUGACCGAGGCGCUGGCCAAUUAUGAUCCCAUUCUGAACGAGUACUUUUUCGAUCGCCAUCCUGGGGUGUUUGCGCAGGUGCUCAACUACUACAGAACCGGAAAGCUGCACUAUCCAACCGAUGUGUGCGGUCCACUAUUCGAGGAAGAGCUUGAAUUCUGGGGGCUCGAUUCGAACCAAGUGGAACCCUGCUGCUGGAUGACCUACACGCAGCAUCGGGACACGCAGGAAACCCUAGCGGUUUUGGAACGGCUAGAUCUGGAUACCGAGAAGCCGACGGAGGAAGAGUUGGCUCGAAAAUUUGGCUAUGAGGACGAUUAUUACAAGGGUACGGUCUCCUGGUGGCAACACAUGAAACCGCAGAUCUGGUCGCUGUUCGACGAACCGUACAGUUCGAAUGCUGCCAAAAUAAUUGGUGUGAUAUCUGUGUUCUUCAUUUGCGUAUCGAUUUUGUCCUUUUGCCUGAAAACCCACCCGGAUAUGCGCGUUCCCGUGAUACGGAAUCAAACGGUCAAAACCGCCAACGGCAGCAUGGCUUGGGUGCUGGAUAAAACACACACCAAUGCACACGUGGCAUUUUUCUACAUCGAAUGCGUUUGCAAUGCUUGGUUUACGUUUGAAAUUUUGGUUCGCUUCAUCUCAUCCCCGCACAAGUGCGAGUUCCUCACCUCAUCUGUAAAUAUUAUCGACUACAUCGCCACGCUGAGCUUCUUCGUGGAUCUGAUACUGCAGCGUUUUGCGUCCCAUCUGGAGAACGCGGACAUCCUGGAGUUCUUCUCGAUCAUUCGCAUCAUGAGACUGUUCAAGCUGACCCGUCAUUCGUCUGGAUUGAAGAUCCUGGUACAGACAUUUCGGGCCUCGGCCAAAGAGUUAACCUUGCUGGUGUUCUUCCUAGUGCUCGGAAUCGUGAUAUUCGCCAGCUUGGUCUACUACGCGGAGCGGAUCCAGACGAAUCCGCACAACGAUUUCAACAGCAUCCCUUUAGGACUGUGGUGGGCUCUGGUAACCAUGACCACGGUAGGCUACGGUGAUAUGGCUCCAAAAACCUACAUCGGUAUGUUCGUGGGAGCACUCUGUGCCCUGGGAGGUGUAUUAACUAUUGCCCUUCCGGUGCCAGUCAUUGUGAGCAAUUUUACCAUGUACUACUCGCACACGCAGGCCAGAGCGAAAUUGCCCAAAAAACGACGACGAGUGCUACCCGUCGAACAGCUCCGAGCUCCAAGAGUAGCGGGCCCAACGAAAGCCAUGGGAAUGCCCGGCUCCGGUCCGAUGGCACGUCGCAUGAACCAGCCGAAAACAAAGGACAUCGGACCGAAAAUCGGUCCCAUCGGUGCCAGCAUUGUGGCCAUGUGCCCCAGGAACGUCGGACUGCACACAAACCCAGCUCUGGCCAUGUGCAAACCCACGUUCGAAGUUCGGCCUGCAACGAUUUCCGCCAACAGCGGAAACAUCGGUGUCGGUGUCGGCCAGCAGGUUCUCAUUCCUCGUGACGCCGCCACCGUCAAGCUGAACCUGAACAGCAACAGCACCAACAGCACCAACAAUAAUAAUAAUAAUAACAACAACAACAACAACAACAACAGUUGCACCACAAACAACAACCACUCCGUCAGUGUGAACGGAAAUGCAACCGGUAAUCCCGUUAGUGUCACUACCGGAAAUGCCAAUAACACCAAAUGAAGCAAAUGUGAAAAAAAAUUCUUGAAGCUCAGUUGUGUAAAUUAACGCCCCUAGUUAGCUUCCUGUACAUAUUAAAGCAAGAUAUAACAAUAUUUCAUCAUUAUAAUAGCUUUAAGGGUAGUUAAACAAAUAGUAAAAGUCUAUAUAAAUAUAAGUUCAAUCAACCACUUUAACAUUGUUCCGGCGUAAAAAUUUAAAUAAUUGGCCACUGUAUCGCACUCUUUAUUUUUGUAACAGCUCAAGUAGAAAGUUUUUUUAUUGACUCUGCAAUUGGAACAGUAAUUAUAACUUUUUGCGAAACGACAAUUGUAAUCGCCUAAUUUUUUUUCCAUCACAUAAUUCUAAGAAGGAGAAAAGUUCACUGCUACGGGUUAAGAAGUUUCCUAAAACAGAACACAGAAUUUCUCGUUUCGCACACACGCAAUUUACGGUUGACAUCGAGCUGUUCGGGUAGGAUUAAACCAGCUGUGGAUUAUGUUUUGUAUAUUAAACGAACUAUUUUUAGAAAAGUCGAUUCAACAGAAAAAAGCAUUUAAUGUGAUAUUUAAGUAGUGUAAUCGAUAAAAAAAGGAAACGAAGCUGACAUUGAUGUUCGCAAUCAUAGUGACUAAAACUAAAUCAUACACCACCAGCAUCAACAGCAACAGCAAAACAAGCAAAUUUCAAUUUUAAUAUUCGAAUAACAGCAAAUAAUUUUAAAUGUGCUUAGAGGUAAGAACAAUAUUGUCAAGCCAAAGAAGCAUUAAUAGUGUUUUGAUCUGCUGCGUUCUAUUCGCGCAAAACAACAGCCGACUAUCAAUCUUCACCUGUCUUUAUCAUAGCUGUGCAACAAUCAUGUCGCUAAGCAGUUGAGCAUCCUUUCGUUUCGUAUUUUUA